UGACUGCCGCAGCCAUGGGCCGCAAGAAAAAGUCGAGCUCUGAGGGUCCCGCCAAGGCGACCUCUGUCAUGCGGACGGGUGGCGAGAUUGAUGAGCUGACGCUUGCGCUCUUCCAUGCGGUGCAUGACAAGGACAACGGGGUUCACGAGGCCGUCUCGCAGGCCAUUCGUGACGUGGGCCUCCAGCAGCCGGAGAUGGUUCUCUCGACGGGCGCGGCGUUUCUCAACAACAACCGCAAGGUGCCGCGGACGCACCGCGUGCUUGUGCUGACUGACAUGCACGCUGUGCUUGUGGACGCUCUGGACGACAUUCCCAAGUCGCUUGGGCGGAAUCUGGUGGCGCUCGGAAUGACGGAGAUGACGGGGACCAAGGACGUGAAGGCCGACUGGCAGGGCGCAGCGUCGACGCUGCUGGUGGAGCUCGGCAAGCGGUUUGGGGCCGAGGUCCUGGACUCGCUGCUUGGACACUUUGAGCCGAACACCAUGCCGCACUACUUUACCCUCAAGACCAUGGGCGACUUUGCGCGAUCAAACCCGAUGUACCUGGUCCCAAACCUCAAGUCUAUUCUGGGGCGGAUGCUUCCGCUGCUUGGUGGCAUCAAGCACAACAACCAAAAGUGGGUGUUUGCGGCGUCGAUGGGUCGGUUCUGCGAGGCCAUUCGGUUCUACCUCGAGGAGGCGGACGAUCCCGAGGUGUCGAUGGAGACCUUUGAGGGCGAAGUGUUCUCGGCUAUGGAACUGAUGUUCAACACAUGGCUGGAGAACAAGGAGAUCCGACUGGCGACACUCGAGGCGAUCGGCAACAUGUCUGCGCUCAUUGCGCGCGACGAGUUUGAGUCGUGGCUCCCCAAGCUGGUCAACACCUUUAUCCUCUCGUACAAAAAGACCAAGACACCGCUGCCGAUCACGCAGGGUCUGGUGACCAUUCUGGAGACGUCGAUCCGUGAGGGCUCGCGGGCUCUCGACUGCUGCCUCAAGGAGACGAUGGCCGGUCUGCACCCGUACGUGUGCAUGCCUGUGGACGAGUCGAACCCGGACUCGGUGAUGAACCACGAGGAGCUGCUCCGGUGCUACGAGGUGAUUGGGCGGGUGUUCUCCGAGUACCUUGUCGACUUUCUGGUCCGGCGGUGCGACGAGAAGACGCCGGCGUCGCGAAUCGGAACGCUUGCGGUCCUUCGGCACAUUGUGCUUGUGCUUGACGAAGAGCUCGAGUCACAGAAGGAGCUCAUUGUGUCGGGCAUCAAGCCGCUGCUUGCCGAUGACGACUUUGAGGUCCGGCGGGCGUUCUCCAAGACCAUUGUGGCUAUGGCGCAGUACGACUACCUCUCGCUCGAGGGCGGCGAGUACCUUGUCGAGUACGUGGUGGCCAACGCGGCUAUUCCGCACUCUGUGGUGGCCAAUGCCAAGGCUGUUGCGAUGAAACGGGCUAAGAAGGGCGCGGCGGUGCCCAAGGGCACGUCGCCGGGCGCACUGCGCAAGGCCUCGGACGUCAUCCUCCAUACCAUGACGCGCGACAUGCCCAACAUGACCGACGUGCUCUGGCCGUUCCUCCUCGAGUGCAUCGAGCCGGCCAAGUUUACCAUCGCGGCGGCGUCGGUGUGCAAGUCGCUCUCGUACCUGGCGGAUCUCAAGCGCGACGCCGAAGACGACGACUACUACAUCGACUUUGACCGGCAGGUUAACUUGCCCAAGCCGCAGGCCAUCAUUGCGCGGCUCCUGACGCUGCUCUCGACGCCGAACGAGCGCGGCUCGCUGGGCCUCGCCAUUCUGCAGCUCCUCCUCGCGCUCUCGGAGAUCCUGCACCCGUCGAUUGCCGACAUGUGGUUUGACCUUGUUCCCAAGCUUGUCAAGUGGCUCAAGGCCCACCGCGGUGACGACUACAAGCAGGCGGCCUGGGAGGAGCUCAUUCUCCGCUUCCUCUCGCUCACCAUCGACGAGGUCAACGACGACGACUGGACCAUCACGCUCGGCCACAACCUCUCGAACCAGUUUGAGCUGUACCAGGGAGAGUACACCGGGUACAAGCGGAUGGUGCACAAGCUGCUUGGCACGGUGCUCAAAAAGACGCGCCACAAGAAGUUUGUGCGCGAGCAACUUGCCGACAUGUUUGCCACUCUCGACUGGGCCGACGCCGACGAGCGGACCGGCUUUGCACAGGGCUACGGCAUGGCGGCGUCAACGCACCUCGACUCGGUGCUGGAGAAGUUGCAGCACCUGAUGAAGAACGACAUGGUCCGCAAGUCCAAGGGCUUCCUCGGCCUCAAGAAAGACAAGUCGCAGAGCGAUGUGGAGAACAUCCGGUGCUCGGUGGUGCUCUCGUUUGGCUACGCUGCCACGUACGCCGACAAGAAGCUCAUCCAGUCGCGGAUCGAGGUUCACAUCAUCAACCACCUCCUCCCGCAGUUUGUCUCGGCCAAGCUCCCGUCGGUCCAGGAGGCGCUUGUCCGCGCCUCAGACCUCAUCGGCAAGGCCAUGCAUCCGGACAAGCUCGGCGACGCCAAGUUUGUGCUCAAGCAGCGCGACGAUCUCCUCACUGCCGUUGUGGGCUUCAUCUCGUCGAACACGACCAACUCGGUCAAGAAAAUGGGCUUUGGCUGCUGCGAGACGCUUGUCCGCCUCCUUCCAAUCCUCGACCCAGAGCUUCUGACCAUGCUGGUCUCUUCGGCGGCGCCGCAGGCGUACGACCUGGUCCUCGAGUCGAGUGGGCGGAAGAAGCGGCGGAAACGCAAGGUGAAGGCGUCAGACGCCGCCGACGGCUCGGACGAGGCCGGCCCGUCGGCGUCGCGCAAGAAGGGCGACGAGGCGGAGAGCGCCGACAUCGGCGACGACGAUGAGGAGGUCGACGAGGUCGACGAGGAGGCUGCCGCUGAGGCGGAGGCGCUGGCGACGCUCAACGAUGCGCUGGCAAACCACAACAACAUGGUCUCUGCGCUGCUGUACAUGGACACGCGGCUGGAGACGCUGCUCACCCUCUUCCGCAACCUCGAGUCGUUUGUGGCGUCGUCGUCGCCGGACCGGCGGGCGCGGAGCGUGGUCACCUUCCAGCACCUGCUCACCAAGUACGUCUCGUACAAGCGGGCCGAGGACGAGCCGAGCCGCGACCGCGAGUCGUUUGAGGAGAUGGGCCACUGGAUCGGAGUCAUGAUUCCGCGGUGCACGGAUCCGGACGAGGAGGUCCGCGUCACGGCCUUGUCCAACAUCGAGCUCCUGCUGUACAUCGACUACGUGCUUGUCAACGACAACUACGGCGUGGCGCCGUCGGACUUUAUCAAGCACAUCUCGACGCUCAAGGAGCGGAUCCGCGAGGACGAGCUCAACGCGCAGUUUGCCGUCGUCAACGAGCUCACGCGGGUUCUUGUCAAGACGGUGCCCGAGACGGAGCUGCCGGACCUGCUCAUGGCGCUCAUGGACGGACUAGUUGAUCCGGAGGAGUCAUCGGCCAACGGGACGUGCGUGGUGCUCAACGGGCUGAUGCGGUCACGCGGACGUGAGCUGGAGGAGCACAUCGGGCAGCUCAUCCACGCCAUGCUCUUUGCCAUGGAGAACAUUACGACGGAGCAGACGAUGAACGGAACGCUGCAUGCGCUGCGGACGCUCGGCACCCACCACCUGACGGGCGUGGUGGACGAGCUCCUCACGACGCCGCUCCCGCAGACCACGCAUGUCAUCAAGUCGCUGCAGGUGCUGGGCAAGGACGUCAAGCUCGCCAUGCCGAUGAUCGACCACCUCAAGGACAUCAUGAACAACGACAUGCCGUAUGAGGUCUCGCAAGUCUCGCAGAAGAAGUUUGUCAAGAAGGUCAAGUCCAAGCCUAUGGCCGCCACCGCCGCCAUUGCCAACAUCUUUGACGCCGAGGAGCUCGAAGACACAGCGAGCUCGGACCUUGCGGCGCUGCUUUCGACGCUCAUUCUCCGCGUCGGCACCGUGGCCAACGUCGUCGAGGACGAGGCGCGGACUUAUGUGGUCGAGGCGCUGCGGCGGCUGCUCAACUGCGCCCAGCUCGAUGAGCUCAUGGCCGACCUCGAGGAAGCUGGCGUGCUGGAGCAGCUGAGCACGAGCGCGUACCCGGACGCGCUCACCGACCUCGCUCGCCUGGUGUGCGAGCACCUGCCAGACCACCUCCGCGAGAUCUACGUCUUCCUCUCGCCCUUCCUCUCGCGUAACUACGAGGAGCAGCGUGUGGCCGUCGCCGCCGUCUUUGCCGAGUUUAUCAACAACUGCGACGAGGAUGUCGAGCUCCUCAAGAAGCUCCUCAACGCCCUGCUUGUUCGCCUCGUCGACGACGACCCGACGGUCAAGCUUCUCUCGCUCCGCGGACUCGGCAACCUCGCGUCCGCCGGUGAGGACGAGGUCAACAAGUACUCGACAACCGUCCUGUCGGCGCUGAUGGGCGGCAUCGACGACGCCACCGAAGUCAUCGCUCUCGAGGCCAUGUCCGGCCUCUCUAAGAUCCUCGAGCUGGUCGACGAGGCCAACGUGGCGCCGGUCCUCAUCACUCUCUGCCUCCGCAUGAAGCCCUCGUUCCGCGACGCCAACCCGGCCAUCCGUGCCGCCGCCAUCACUCUCUUUGGCACGCUGUGGCGGUUCGGCAACCACGGCGAGUCCGAGGCCGACUUUUUCGAACAGAUCCAGGCCAACCUCAUGGCCUUUGUCCUUCAUGCCGAUGACGACGACGAGGACGUCGCGGCCGCCAGCCGCCACGCCCUCUUCCUCCUUGCCGAGCUCCUCCGCCACGACGACAUCGCCGAGCUCUUCCAGGCUCUCGAGGAGGACGAGCCCGACUACGAGGACUGGCUCGACUCGGUCUCACAGACCCUCAUCGCCCACUUCCCCGAGCGCCUCAACUACUACGUCAUGGAGUGCGUCGCCUUUUUCGCCCACAAAUCGUGGCACCACACCAAGGCCAACGCCGCCAUCCUCACUGGCUUUUUCAUCGGCAACAUGGACGACGACCAUCGCCGGACCGUCAACCUCUCCCACGUCUGCGGCGCGCUCAAGAACCUUCUCCGCGAGCCGUCGGCCCGCGUUCGGGUCAAGGCUGCCGAGGCCAUUGCGCUGCUCUAUGAUGUGUAA